CAGACUCAAACAUCGUUCAGCAAGACACCUGGAAUUACAAACAGCGAGGCAAGGUUCUUGCAAGUGCGAGCUUGAUUAUUAUUGGCAAAAAUGCAGACAUCCGUGAUCCACACUCCACUUCCUUUCAGUAGCACCAGAACACGUACUGCACUGCCUGUGCUUCCCACACGCCGCCUUUCACUCGCGGCGCGAUGCAGCGCUCAGAAGCCGGAGAGGCCAGAACAGGAGCCGCGCCUGUCUAUUGCUCCGAAGCUGGCCGCUGCUGCGCUUGCGGCAUCUCUGCUGCUCAGCGCAGCUGCACCAGAGGACGCUCUUGCUGCCAGGUCCGGAGGACGCGUUGGUGGUAGCUCCUUCCGAAGCAGUGCCCCCAGAUCAGCGCCCUCAGUGCCUCGCUCAAGUGGCCCGAGCGUGCGCAACUACAAUUACUACUCGGCCCCUCCGCUUGUGGGAGGCUACGGCGGCUACGGAUAUGGAUACGGCGGCGGCGGCAUUAGUCUGUUCCCAACAAUGCCCAUCUUCUUUGGCGGUGGCGGCCUCUUCAACAUCCUCAUCUUGAUGUUUGUGGCGUCAACAGUUCUGGGAGUUGUGCGGAACCUGUUCAACAGGCGGCGUGAUGACAACGAUGAAUUCGAUGACUGAGGCAGCUAACUACGUGUGCAUCUUGACACUUCAAGCUUGGUCCAAAUUUGGUCCAGGUGUUGCAUUGUUGAAGAACUGCGCGCGGGUGAGAGCAGUUGAAAAGCAUGGAUACUUGUGUCAGGGAUGUUGUGACUCUGGGGCAAUUUUGCGAGUGGAGCAUUACACUGGGUGGUAAGACAAUGAUGUGUGGACCUUAGCUGGCGCUUGAAUCUUAGUCUGCGCAAUCGUUGUCUUUCACAGAAAGUAUUCAGGAUACACAGCAAUGGUGUGUAUCCAAGGCUAUGCUCAGCUGCGGAAGAGUUAUUCCAAACUUGUGGGCUUGUUGAGGCAUUGGAAUUAACACCUUCAGACUGAUGGCUUCGGAGCAAGAGCUGUAUCAAAUCAGCACUUCCUGGCACAUUAUUGCCUCAGGGGCUCUAGUCAGAGGAAUAAACCUGUCGGGAAACUGCAAUUAUAUUAUUACUUGAAUCUGUUUUUUAUGGAUUAUCAGAGUCUCAGAUAGAUGUAAUCGCGCUCUGUGGCUCGAUCCUCAUUGUUAAUAUAUAUAAUGCCC